AUGAACGCCGCUGUCUGGGUCAUGACACACAUGGGCUUUUAUGUGGGCGCCAAAGUCUUCCUCAUCUAUGAGCUUCCCAAGCCUCUCCUGCCCAGACUUGCAGCUCCACCCAGGUCAGAGGCACAGCUGCAGGGACCACAGAACAAUGGGCUCAGCUCUGUGAAGACAAGAAAAGCCACCAUGGUUUUGACAAAGAACCCAGGAACGGCGUUAAAGGCUUCUUUGGGCAGUGUCCAAUUUAUGUAGCAAUUUUCUUGGCCACAUCUGCGGAGCUUUUGUGAAACUCGUGUAGACUCAUGGAGCAUUCAAAUGAGGUAACAUCACCAUCGGUGCUCCUUCCCUGGCUCACUGCCUCGGGAAACCAACCUGACCCUGAAGGUAUGUAAGUCUCAGGCCCCACAAAAGUUGGAUCCAACCUUGAUGAGUUGCUUUUUCAUUGAGUUCUGUGGAGCUCAGGUUCCUGUGGAGGGUAGCAGAAGGGAAACUUCAAUUACAGCAUAUAUGGUCUGA